GCUGAAACAGAAGAUGAGGAAUUGACAGAUUCUAGCACCCAACCAGAUGAAACAGUGAGUCAUGGAAUAUACUCACGAGUUUGACUACUUUGUAAUAAUUGACUUUGAAGGAACAUGUGGAUUUCUCAAAAACCCAAGAUAUAUCAAAGGUGGAAUCCAAGAAAUAAUUGAAUUCCCUGCCAUUUUACUAAAUGGUCACAAUGGAAUAAUUGAAGAUGAAUUUCAAUCUUUCUGCCGGCCAGUUCUUAACCCUUCAUUGACAAAUUUUUGUAAAAACUUAACAGGAAUCACACAGGAUGCUGUUGACAAAGCUCCAUUAUUCAAGGAAGUAUAUGUCUCAUUUGAAGAAUGGUUGCAUCAGAACAAGGUUCUUGGUUCAAACUAUUCAUUCGCAGUUGUGACCGAUGGACGUAACGACAUUCAAAAAUUUUUACAGAAGCAGUGUCAGAUUUCAAAAAUAGAUUUUCCAAUGUACUGCGAGAAGUGGAUAAAUAUUAAGAAAACAUUCGCUUGUUUCUACAAAAAUGGCAAUAUGCAAUGUCUGUCCCUAAAAAAUAUGAUUCGAGACAUUGGACGUGAAUUUCAAGGAAGAGCUCAUAGCGGCAUAGAUGAUGUCCGAAAUAUUGCUUCAAUUGUUCAGCGUCUUUUAACGGUCGGAGCGUGCGUAACGUUCAAUGAAAAGUUAGUGGUCAAUCGAGCCAAGAAAAGUAAAAUAAGGCCGAAUUUUACAAGUGCCGACUCAUCCACACAAGUUAAAAUAAGGAAUUUGAAAGUUCUAACUGCUAAAAAGAAGGCAAAGAUAAAGAAUCCUGCCAAGAAGAUAAUUCCUGCAAUGAAAGUUUCAACUAAAGAUGAUGUAAAAGAUGAUCAAAUUAAAUCCAAAAAGAACCGGAAAAGAAAGGCAAAACGUCGAAACAAGAAGACCCAAGUACAUGCCAAGGGUUUAAAAACUGCAGAUAAUUUAACAAAUACCAAACAAAUACUAAGGAAUAAAUUAAAACGUGCAGCAAAAAGAGUUAGAACUCUAAAGAAAAGGUUAGAAUCUGCCCUACAUCAGGAAGCUCUUUGCAGUCCCAUUUAACCAUAAAGGUAACUAGGGCACAGAAAUACAAAUAAAUAAACAUUCGGCUUUUUGCUUGUUUUGAACAGGAAAAUCCAGAUCCCAAAAUUUCGUUUUGCAAAAUCACAGCGCUAGUGCGCUACUAACCAAAGGCAACAUUUGAAAAUUAAAUUUUAAGCU